AUGAUGAAGCGGGAGAAGGAAGAUCGUCGAGAAAUGGCGCGAAGAACGCCGCUCGAUCGUUUGUGUUGCAUGUCUGGGUUGCUUUUGUCCAUCGCGUGCUGUGUCGCACUUAUUCAUGUAGAAUUCAGGAUUCAGGAGCAGCAACGGUUGAUAACACAAACAACAACAGUCUGUGAUAAGAUGGAGAAUGAAAUAUUACAAAAAGUACAACAAAAUGACAAACAUUGGGGAGAAACAAGAGACGAAAGCUGGAAAGGAAACAAAGGUAGAUUUAGCUGUGUUUAUGCGUUGACAUUAGAGAGCUUAAGAAACGACGAGGGCGACGUCAACGAGAACGGCAUAAAAGCAAAAGGUUUAGAUAAGAAAAACAACAAUUUUGCACGUGCAUCACGCUUUUUUGUACAUUUCUCUGCCGUCACUGCACGACUACAACGUGAAACUGGCUAAUUUCACGUUUUGUCGAGGACUGGAACAAAAGGCAACAACUUUCUUUUUCUUUUCCUGAACUUUGAUGCAGUCUUUUAGAAUUCAACUCCAAACAAAAAAGUGCCAAGAUUUGACGAAUUGAGUGAGAGAGAAGAGACGCGAUAAAGUUUGAAGCAGCGCGCUUUACUUUUUAAGCGACGUCUUUGUAGUCCUCGCCGUCGUUGUCGCUUAAGCUCCCUACUUUGGAAAACAGCGACGUUUGUUUAAAUAAAUGACACUGCAUUUUCAAGCCACUCGAUUUUACAUAAAACUCAACAAAACAUAUGAAUGAACACUAAAAAUGUCAUUUGUUUAUUGAUUGUUUAGAUCACAAGGCAGGCAAUUCAAGGGAAAAGCGCAGUGUUUCAUCACCAAAUGGACAACCUAGUCCCACAGUAACACCUUCUUAUGUACAACUGCUGAUACGAGAUGAGCUGAGACUUCUACAGAACCAAAUCUGCGCUAAAGAUCACGUGUUAUGUCGCGCAGGACCGAGAGGAAAACAGGGCCGCCGAGGAAGACCGGGAAACCCUGGGAAGUAUGGCCCCCAGGGAAUUCCAGGACCAAUGGGAACAAAGGGAGAUCCGGGAGUACAGGGAAAUGUGGGACUACCGGGACCAAGAGGCCCCCAGGGAGAGAAGGGUCAGAAAGGCGAGGAAGGAAGAUCGCUUUCGCCUCCUGUGCUUAUCGAGAUUCUACUUAAAAAGACAGUAAACGAAGGAAAAACAGCAGUCUUGAAGUGUAAAGCAGACGGGAAUCCAGCACCAAGGGUCACGUGGUCUAAGAAAAACUCGUCACUUCCGAUUGGCCGUCACGUGGUAGAACCAAGUAGUGCCCUGAUUAUAAGGAAAGUUACAAAAGAAGAUGCCGGAAUCUACACCUGCAGCGCGCAAAACCUGUUGGGAAGUGUCAACGCUUCAGUGCAAUUGAACGUGCAAUGUAAGUAUUUUUAAGAACUUUUUUUUGUAAAAAUAAUCGAAAAAACCACACCAUUGCUUUAAGGUUCUACUUAAUGACCUGUUAUAAAUUCAAUUCCACAUUUGUUGACUAAAAUUAAAAUUCUUUGGAAAGACUUGUAGCCUUGCGGAAACAAUUGAUACUUGAGCGACACUUGACCGAUUGAGUUGAGUAUUGACCGAUUGUCGGAAGACUAUCAACUGAGUGUCACUGGAUACUUGACUGACCGACAUUCAUCACCACUGUCGACUGACACCACCUACAAUACACAUGGUCCUCGAUUAUUCGAUUUACCAUGAUUUUAGAGAGGGCAUCAUCUUUUUGACUUUUAAACGUUUUUUUUUUACCAACAGUUGCCCCUCGGGUUCAUUUGUCAUCCAAUCGUCUGAUAGCGGAGGAGGGACAAAAUGUUUCCAUUGCCUGUAGUGCCACUGGUCAGCCGCAACCUCAUUUUACGUGGUCUAAAUCAAUCGGUCGUUUAUCUCGCAGAGCUUACGUAUCAAAUGAAACGUUGAAAAUUAGCAACGUGACAAAAAAGGACGGAGGAACGUACCACUGUGAAGCCAGGAAUAUCCUGGGAAGUGCACGAGAUGCAACUUUGUUGAUGGUUUUCUCGCGUCUGCGGUUUUUAGCUCGUCCCCCUAAGGAACUUAGUCCUCGCUCCGCGUCUCCUGUGCAUCUCCCAUGUGUUGCCCAGAGUGAACUGAAAACUACAGUCACGUGGUUAAAAGAUGGCAAACCUUCACUUCCGGUCGACUCGCAAGUUUUGCAAAAUAACACACUAGUCAUUGCUAGUGUAAAAAAGUCGCACGACGGAUUAUACACCUGCAGAGUGAAAAAUGUAAUCAAAACAAUAGAAUCGACUGUGAAAAUUAAGACUGAAAUGCCCCUUUCCUGUUCUGUGAUAAAGAAAUUCGUAAGUAAUUCAAGCGGAAGUUACGUCAUUGAUCCAGAUGGUGAAGGAGGCCUGGCGCCGUUUACAGUGCAUUGCGACAUGCGUGACAAGAAUGGAGUUGGCGUGACAGUUAUAAGUCACGACAGUGAGAGCAGAACAGAGGUGGACAAAUUCGCUGAAAGAGGUUCCUACUCGAGGAAUAUUUCCUACUCAGGUGCAAGUUUUUCCCAGCUAGCGACCCUUACUAACGUUUCUUCGCAUUGUGAACAGUUCAUUAAAUAUGAAUGCUACGACUCCAUGCUUAAUUUUGACAGUAACCCAUAUGGAUGGUGGGUGUCACGCGACUCUAAGAAGAUGACGUACUGGGGAGGAGCCUCGCCUGAAAGUAACAAGUGUGCAUGCGGGACGACUAAUUCAUGUGCAAACUCACACCAAGGCUGCCACUGUGACAAAAAUGACCACCAAUGGCGUGAAGACAGCGGUCUCCUGACAGACAAAACAAAACUUCCGGUCAAACAGCUCAGAUUUGGAGACACAGGCGAACAUGAUGGAUACGACGAGAAGGGCUACCACACGCUGGGAGAAUUAAAGUGUUACGGGAUUGCCAAACAGUAG